UGCACUCGCGCGCCGCCGCCAGCAUAUCCCGUCCGCCAUCAUUUUUCUCGGCUGAGACAAGCAUGUCGCCGUCUUCUAGAGGGUGCGAUGCCUACCACGCUUCACAUGUGUUGGAAUCGUUGCCCGAAGCGGCACCUGAAGCCGCUCCCGUUUCAGGACCCCCCAAGCGCUGUGCCUUAUGCCAACGGUUGACGGCCAUCCGGCUGCUCUUCCAACGCCCGCCACCACCUCUGCCAUUAUUCUCCAGUCCACACCGGCAGUCUGCAGAAACUUCAAUUUCCCACGUUUAAUAUGCCUAAAGCGCCCACCGCGCACUGAUUUUCUUCUCUCUGUCUCUUCUUCUGAGCCCUUGCUGGCGUUUCUUUCUAUGAGUGUGUUUUCUGCAUGGCCACUCCGCAGGACUUGACGACGACGGUGAGUGGGAGACGAUGUACUCGCUCCCGGGCCCGUACCGCGGCCACUUCCACCUCUACUGCAGAGCCAGCAGUUGUUACUCCCACUGAAUUUACUUCUACCACCACCACCUCAGAGGCCCAGCAAGUCGAAACCAGCGCUGCCGAAUCCUCGCUUCCGCCGCCGCCUCCCGCAUCCUCGACGCAAGACGCUGAGCAAGCGUCCCCGACCGAAGCAGCAUCCUCGGCGAUAGGUACGAGCAGUGCAGUCAUUUCUUCAGUAGCGCAAGCCUCGGCUCUAGCAGACCUCGCGCCGUCGAGUCCAGUAGCCGCAGCUCCACUUCCUGCACCAGAAGUCGAUGAGUCGCAGGCUGUGGUAUCUGCGGCUGCCGUUGCCACCACAGCGCCUUCAACAAGCCCAGCACCAACAAGCUCUGACUCCAUACCCACAGCUGUUACCUCGACAUCCCCAGUGUCCCCGAUACCCGUAUUACCAUCCGACUCUCCGUCCCAGUCGUCCAUCGCAGCGCUUCCAGAGCAGUCCAACUCUCCUCUGCCUUCGGAUUCCUCGUCGGACACACAGCCAGAACCGCCACAGUCGACAGAGACAGGAGUACCGUCCGGGGGAUCAGCUGGAGUAAUCUCACCAGAUCAGGGUGGCAGCAGCGACGGCAACGGGCUCACUCUUCCGUACGGUGGGCAGACAAACGUGGCUGGUAUCGUUGGUGGAGUGGUCGGCGGCUUCGUGGGUAUUGCGCUCAUCAGCACCCUGCUAUUCCUCUGCCUGAGGAGGCGCAAGACGGGAACCUUCGAGAAAUGGCAGCAACGUAUAAGCGAAAAGAGUCGGGGAGAUGGCGGCUUGUUGGCCAAGAUCAAGGCUGUUCAGGAGAAACUUGAGGCUAUCCCUGCAACGGUCGGUAUGUUUUUCGCAAAGAUGAAGGGAAAGAAGGCUGGCCCGGCAACAAAUCCGUACCGAAGGCACAGCGUGCGCAGCAGCGUCAGUUCAGUCUACUCCGUACGGUCGAACCGGCGCAGUCAAUCGAUCAGCGAGCCACCGUCGAAACUACGACAGCAGCUCCGGGGCUUUGGUGACCGUAUGCCGAGCUUGAAGAGAUCCAGGACGCUCCUCCAGAAAAAUCCGGACGGUGUCGUUGGCACCAAGUCGCCUUUCCCAGGCAUUGUAGAGGAUCCUGUGAGACGCGGCAGUAACGGUCUCGACGACCCAUUCAAAGACACUGAAGAGCCGCCGAAGAUCCUGAUGCUACUAAAUCCUGAUCGGGAUACGAAAUCGAAAUCCGUCUUCGACGGUCUGCAGGACCAGCAGCGGCCCCCCAUCACACCAAAGCCGGCAGCCAUGUCCGAACGAGGAUCCAAAGACCCCUUCGCUUCCCUUCUUGAUGAAAUCGCAGAGCGCGACGGCAGUGGCACGCCCGAAUGGCUCAGAGAGACCGCACAGAAACACAAACGGAGCACGAGCGUUCAGACAGCCCUGCGCUCCCAUCCGCCAUCAACCUACACCGCGUCCGUCUACACGACUGCUGAGAACCCCUUUUUCGACCCUACGGAAGCCCCGCCGGUGCCCACCCAGCCACUACCGCCAAAUCCACCAGCUCGUCCUGCCAACGCAUAUGCUCCCCUUCCGGCCUUCAACGCUACCUCAAGCACCGUCUCCCGUGAGUCAAACACCUCGUUCACCUUCUUCGGCGAGCCAGGACCUAGUCGGCCGUCAACAAAUCUGUUCUCAUCCAAAGUACGACAAUCCGAUCCCUUCGAUCUCGAUCGGCCUGAAGUCCUUGGGUUUGGGAACGUUGGCGGGCGGACUGUACGCGCGAGCGUAACCAGACAGAAUUCGAAGAGCAAUCGAACGAGCACAGUGCCCAACUGGGUGAGCGUCGAUGACGGGCCCUAUGAGAGGGCGAGUGCGGUACCUGGACCGCUGAGGAAUCCGAGUGUGAGGAGGUGACGAGGACCGAAGGUAGCCACGCAAGCUGCAGCCUCCAUGGCGCACAAGACGUGACGGAGAAAAAUUCCGCGCAAGCUGCACCGGCCAGGCCGAAGAGCACAAGACGCGAUGGGAAACGAAGGAUAUAAUGAGGAGCACCACGGCGUCUAUGAGUUAAUGUUAUGGGAAGACUUGCGCUGCUCGGAUAUCUGCGCGAUGGCAGGAAGUAUUCCGAUGGCUCCAUCGCUCGCUCGCAGAAAGCAGCUAUACAGGCGUUAUCAUCGUCGACGAGGGAUUUUUGCAUUUUCUUUUCCUUUCGCUGUUCGACAUAAUUAUUCCCUACUACUACCUUUUACUCCCGCAUGAGCAUAGCUUAGUUCCCACCACGCGUCUUCCGCACCUUAGAAUACCCCCGAUCAUCCAGACGCUCGCUUUCAAAAAAU